AUGGUCUUCUUGCCCUCAAAAGAGGCCGGUGAGCUAGGGCCGGUCCCCGACAGCAUUCCGAUCUGUGAUUUCAUUCUCAACGAAAAACAUGGACGAGUGGCACACGAUAGCUCUCGGGAUCCAUACACAUGCGGCCUGACUGGAAAGUCAUAUUCGUCGCGCGAGGUCGUGGACCGCGUGGACCACUUGGCUCGGGGCCUCUCCAAAGAAUUUGGAUGGGCGCCAAAUCAAGGGUCGGAAUGGGACAAGACGCUGGCCGUCUUUACGCUGAACACGAUCGACUCCCUACCCCUAUUCUGGGCCGUUCAUAGAUUAGGAGGUGUCAUCUCUCCUGCAAAUGCAUCCUAUUCCGCCGCCGAGUUGACACACCAGCUCCUCGAUUCAAAGGCGAAAGCCCUGGUCACCUGUGUUCCUCUCCUGUCUAUCGCGAUUGAGGCUGCAGCCAAGGCUGGUCUCCCAAAGAGUCGGAUAUAUCUAUUUGAUUUGCCGACGCAGCUUUUCGGUGCCACAAAGGCCCCGACAGAGCUCAAGUCUGUUACAGAAAUUGCGGAAGCUGGGAAAUCAUUGCCGCCAGUUGAAGAGUUGAAAUGGAGUGCGGGAGAGGGUGCUCGACGAACGGCAUUUGUGUGCUACUCUAGUGGAACUUCUGGUUUGCCGAAAGGAGUGAUGAUCUCGCACCGCAAUGUGAUCGCGAAUGUACUGCAGAUUGCUGCAUUUGAGAAGGCCUAUCGGGAAAAAAGAGCGCCACCGGGAGGCGUAUAUACUGCGGUGUCCCUUGGCCUUCUUCCCCAGAGCCACAUCUAUGCCCUUGUGGUAAUUUGCCAUGCUGGUGCAUACCGGGGAGACCAGACAAUUGUCCUUCCCAAAUUUGAACUGAAAUCGUACCUUUCCUCGAUUGCGCAUUUCAAAAUUUCCUCGCUCUUCUUGGUUCCUCCAAUAAUUAUACAUAUGCUUGGUGCUAAGGAAGAGUGCUCUAAGUACGAUCUGAGCUCGGUGCAGACUCUGUUCACCGGUGCUGCGCCAUUGGGACCGGAGACUGCAGCGGAUUUCCUGAAGGUGUGGCCAAAUGUUCUUAUACGGCAAGGUUAUGGCUUAACGGAAACAUGCACGGUUGUCAGCUCAACAAAUCCUGACGACAUCUUCCUCGGUUCAUCUGGCACCCUGGUUCCAGGAUUCGAGGCUCGAAUCAUGACACCCGAAGGCAAAGAAAUCACAGACUAUGACACUCCAGGCGAGCUCGUUGUCAGAAGCCCAAGUGUUGUUCUGGGCUAUUUGAACAAUGACAAAGCCACCAAAGAGACUUUCGAAGAUGGUUGGAUGCGCACCGGAGACGAGGCUGUUGUACGACUCGGUCCUAAGGGCACAGAACACGUUUUCAUUGUUGAUCGUAUUAAGGAAUUGAUCAAGGUCAAGGGUCUCCAAGUUGCGCCAGCUGAGCUCGAAGCCCACCUUCUCGCUCAUCCAGAUGUUUCUGACUGUGCCGUUGUUGCUAUCCCAGAUGACCGUGCAGGAGAAGUCCCCAAGGCCAUUGUUGUCAAGGCACCUUCGGCAGGCUCGGAUGAGUCCGUCUCCGAAAAGCUGAUCAAACAUGUCGAAGAUCACAAGGCCCGUCACAAGUGGUUGAAGGGAGGUAUCAGAUUCGUGGAUGCUAUUCCCAAGAGCCCGAGCGGUAAGAUUCUUCGCCGAUUGAUCCGUGACCAAGAAAAGGAGGCACGGAGAAAGGCUGGUGUCAAGCUUUAG